GGGAGAGCGGAUAUAGUGAAUGCAGGGUCCAGGGAGACCGGAUUUAGUGAAUGCAGGGAGAGCGGAUAUAGUGAAUGCAGGGUCCUGGGGGACCAGAUAUAGUGAAUGCAGGGUCUGGGGAGAGCAGAUAUAGUGAAUGCAGGGUCCGGGGAGACCGGAUAUAGUGAAUGCAGGGUCCGGGGAGGACCGGAUAUAGUGAAUGCAGGGAGAGCGGAUAUAGUGAAUGCAGGGAGAGCGGAUAUAGUGAAUGCAGGGUCCGGGGAGAGUAGAUAUAGCGAAUGCAGGGUCCAGGAGAGCGGAUAUAGUGAAUGCGGGGUCCAGGAGAGCGGAUAUAGUGAAUGCGGGGUCCGGGGAGAGCGGAUAUAGUGAAUGCAGGGGUCCGGGGAGAGCAGAUAUAGUGAAUGCGGGGUCGGGGAGACCAGAUAUAGUGAAUGCAGGCUCCGAGGAGAUUGGAUAUAGUAAAUGCAGGGUCAGGGGAGAUUGGAUAUAGUAAAUGCAGGGUCCGGGGAGAUUGGAUAUAGUAAAUGCAGGGUC